UAAUAGUGCAACAGUAAGCACAUCGUGGGACCUAGCUGGAUAGACGAAGCUGUGACCAAGGAUCAUCAUUUCCUGGUGCGAUGGAUGAGGAACUUCAAGAACUCCGUGUUCGAGUCCAGCAGUUGGAGGCCGAAAGGAGCCGUCUGCAGCAGGAGAGGGAUUCUGCAUUAGCAAGUUCAAAUCGACAGGAUGAUGUACAAGCUGGCCCAAGUACAAGUGGCACUCCAACGAACAGGGGGGCUGAUCGCAUAAUCUACCUACCAAGAGAGAGAAAAUGUCCAAUCUUCAGAGGAACUCAUGGUGUUGGGGUGGAGGACUGGAUAGAAGAGGUUCGCACCAGUAUGCGAGUCCGCCAUGUUGGACCUACAGAUCAGGCUGCUUUCAUUUUUGACCAUCUUGAAGGGGAAGCUCGAGAUGAGAUCAAAUAUAGGUCAUCAUCUGAACGAGGACUUCUUUUCACGGAGACCUGCAAUGAUUGGUCACAGCAGGCACCUGAGGAGAACAUUGAUGAGGAUGAUGUGGCGUCUGGAUCUUGGUUGGUGCUCCGAGAGACUGGCAGUAAUGCAGCCAUGCCAUUUGUACAAGAACCAUCAGAUAUCCCUACAGUUCGGACGCCUGUUGAAGUGCCACAGUCUCCACAAACCUCUCAAAGCAGUAGGGUUGGGCCUAGAAGAUCAACUCGUAAAACUGCUGGAAAACACUCCAAUCCCUAUCGUCUCCCAGUACCUGCUAGGAAUGAAGAUAGUGGGGCUGCUGCUUCUCUGAUCCCUGGUGCCAGCAGCUUGGCUACAGCCAUUUUUCGGCCUUGGUCCUAGUCUUUAUCGUUGGGCCACCGAUCCAUAGAGGGGGGGUAGGAUGUAACCGGGUGGUCUAUUGGGUGUAAAUUCCCACCCGUUUUGGGUCCUUGAACACAUCACAGCUCCGUUUCUUUACCUUCACGUCUGCUUUACAGAAUUGACAGGCUCAUUAGCGUAUAUAGGCACCAGGUGUGCAAGCAAGCUAUGAGAGUCGGCUUGGUUUGGUGUG